UGAUGUGCCACAAAACCCAAACACCGUGUCCAGCUGCUAGCUAAAGAAGCAUAGUAAAAAGAAAGAGGCGCAGGCCUAGCUUUAGUGAAAUUGUUGUCACGUUUGUCACAUUACCUAGCUGUUUCUUCUUACGUCGUUUUUGCAUCUCUUGUAACUGAAGUCAGCCGGUGUUGUCUCAUGAUUUUACCAAAGACUGACAAAAAGUAGAGUGAAGAGGUUGGUUUGAUGUGCGAGGCGUUAAAGCAAGCGGCACCAUGAGCGCGGAGGUGGAUGCGCUGACCGUGGUGAACCAGCUGCGGGAUCUUGCUGCGGACCCCCUGAACCGAAGAGCCAUAGUAGAAGAUCAGGGCUGUCUGCCAGGUCUCAUUCUUUUUUUGGACCACCCCAACCCGCAGGUCGUCUACUCUGCACUACUGGCCGUGCGCUACCUGGCAGAAUGUCGAGCCAACAGGGAGAAGAUGAAGGGCGAGCUGGGCAUGAUGCUGAGUUUGCAGAAUGUCAUGCAGAAGAGUACAUCGCCCGGGGAGACCAAACUGCUGGCCUCUGAGAUCUAUGAGAUCCUGCAGUCGGCCGGUAAAGAAGAGGCUGAACAGGCGGAGGCGGCUGCCGCCUCUUGCCGGCGUAAAGCCCAGUUCUUCCUGGGCUCCAAUAACAAGAGGGCCAAAACGGUGGUGCUGCACAUUGAUGGGUUGGAUGACUCUACUCGAAGGAGCCUGUGUGAGGAGGCCUUGCUAAAGAUUCGAGGGGUCAUCAGCUUCACUUUCCAGAUGGCUGUCAAGAGAUGUGUUGUCAGGAUCCGCUCUGACCUUAAAGCCGAGGCCCUGGGCACAGCAAUCAACUCCACCAAAGUAAUGAAGGCUCAGCAGGUGGUGAAGACAGAAGAUGGAGCAGAGCUCAUGGUGCCAUUCCAGGAGGACUCUGCGGUGCUGGUGGAGGAGAACACGGACAUCCCAGACUACCUGCCCGAGGAGGAGAGUCCAUCCCAGGAGCAGGACAAGGCUGUCACACGCGUAGGCUCCAUCACAGACGGCAUGGGUUGGCUCAGCACGGCUGCCAACUUCCUGACCCGCUCCUUUUACUGGUGACCUCUUCCUGUGUUCAUCUCUCUCUUGCUUGCCCCGUUCCCCCCCAAAAAGUACUAUCCAGCUGCAGCCUUAGCAUCUCUCAGCCUAGUCCCCCACCCCCCCGGACAAAGCCCUACUCUAGGCUAGACUCCCCCCCUCCCUGCAAAGCGCACAGAGCCCAGCCACACAUGUGCAACAAGUGCUGGACUGCCAAGUGGAACCUGCAAUAACUUAAACUCGUGUAUAUAUUGAGUUACAAAACCUCACUACUGGCUGUAUGUGCACAUCUAUAUACUAGCUGCGUUUGUAUCUCACAAAACAUAGCCAGAGGACUUUAAAUCAACCAAAACCAAAUAGCAUUCUGGAAAUGUGCAUCACUGCACUGGCAGAGUUGACAUGUGGCAGGUGUAUUUAAUUGUUGUUCGGCUGAUUUUGCGUACGUUGAAAACUGGGAGUUCUAUUUUUUUGUGCAUGAUUUUGGUUGCUUUCCCUCCGAUAUGAUUCCCAAUCAUGGUCCUUUUACUAUAUAUUUUUUUCAUAUUUUUCAUUCUUUAAAUCCUUAAUUAAGCAGAUUUUUUUCUUCCCUUUACAGAUUUUUUUAGCAUGCUGAGUUUUUUGUGCCAAUCUUGCCUGAUGCCUAGAUUUGUGAUAAUUGUCUGUGCCUUUUUUGACAUUUCACUGUAAUUAUUAUUUAUUCAUCAUUCAUUCAAAUGAUUGGAGAGCUCCGAGCAUGUCAGAUGUAACGUUUGUGCUUCCCUAGCAGCAGCCGGCCUCCCCCAGCUUUCAGCUCACUGAGGGACGCCACUUCAGUAGAAAUAGUAAAACUAGACACCAGCACGAGGCUGCAGGCCCAUUCAGCCACUGGCUCUCAUGCAUAUGACUGUUUGUUACAUACUGAAAUACGAACUGAUUAGCUAGCUGGCUGAUUAAUACACCACCCCUCGCUCUGUUUAGUUGUUUCUGCCACAAAUCAGGACUCCUCCAAUGAUGAUGCUUCGAAUGCAGCAAAAAUCAAACGAGAGUUCUGCAGUGGCGGUGAAUUGACUGACAGCUCCUUGUGUCACUUGCACAGAUUUUAGGCUACCUCUGCUUUCAGUGUCCUAUCUCACUUCAGCAUUACGGUCUUCUGUAGUUUUAGUCAAACCCCUAGAUCAGCAUGGUGAAGACAAAUGUGUUAGCUGCCUGCUCAUGCACCUGGACUCCCUCUGACAUUUUUUACAGUGUUGUGAACCCGCCCAUUCAGUUCAGUAUUCAGUUUAACCAGCAGUGUCCUUAAAGCGAAGAUCAUUUUGGUGCACUCUCACACACACGCACAUAAAGAGGACUUGCUAAUGCUGUCACAUGAGCAGUAGCAGCGUACUGUAACAAGGGUGUGGUUAUGUACAUUUUGUAAAUGGUGCCUGAUUCUCAGAUCUCAGGCGUUACACGUGAAGGACAAUUUUUUUGUUUUUGUAAUACUAAUUCACAUUUUAUGUUACAAAGCAUAAGAGUUUGUAGCAGCUAAUGCUAAAACUCAUAUUCUUGAUUCUUUAACCCUUACAAUCCUGUCACUCACACCAGUUUCAAUUAUUAUCUCCUCUGACUCGUGUGAGUGUCAUUAACAAUCACAUACAGUGCUGACCAGGUGACUUUUAUUGUUUUGAUGGCGUGGAGAUGUCACAGUUGGUCAAGGUCAAAUUGAUGGAAUGGCACAGAAUGACCUGAAUAACCUGAGUGGAUGGUGGCUAUUCUCUGGAAAAGCAAUAAUUUUUUGCAUUACAUGUAUGCUAUAGUUCAGUAACAAUCUUCAAAAUACUGUUUUAAAUAAAAGUAUUAGUUAAAAGUCAGGCUCAUCAUCAGUAUUAAAAUUCUUUACCUGUCCAUUUUGCAGAAUUUUAUCUCUAAAUUGCAUCAUGUCACUUCAUGUUAACAUUGGGUGUCUCUGCUCAUACUAGCAACGAAAGAUUACUUGAAAGUUUGUUUUCUUAGAACUGUCCUUAUGUGUCGAUCAAAGUGUAAAUUACCCUUUACUGUUAGUUUUACCACAUCUGUAAGGCUGAGAAUGAACCGCAAACUAAGUUCUCAAAAAUGUAACAUGUACAGACUUCAUCUGUCAUCAAAUGUAAUAUAAUGUAAUGCAGAUCUUAAAACUGUAGAUUCCCAUACACUGUUAAUGCAAACAAUGAUAAACUUAAAAUCAAACUUU